AUGCGUUCUCUCUUCAAGGUCCUCGCUACCUCCGCGCUGCUGGGCGCGGCAGCUCAAGGCGCGUUUGCAUCUCAAGACGGCUCUGAGGUUUCCGAAAUCCCUGCCGGAAGAGAUCAAGUUGCUGAAGUGCUGCAGCGCCCUGUGCAGCAGCCAGCUGCUGCUGAGGAAGCAUUAGAUCAGGUGCCUGUGGAAACUGCAACAGCAGAGGAAAUAGCGGAAGCAAUUGCAGCAGCAGCAGCAGCAGAGGAAGAGGCUGCAGCAGCAGCAGCAGCAGCAGAGGAAGAGGCUGCAGCAGCAGCCCCAGCUGAGGAGGAAGCAGCAGCAGCAGCCCCAGCUGAGGAAGAAGCAGCAGCAGCAGCACCAGCUGAGGAAGAAGCAGCAGCAGCAGCACCAGCUGAGGAAGCAGCAGCAGCAGCACCAUGUGCAGGAGAAGCAGCUGCAGCAGUAGAAGCAGCAGCCGCGGAGGAAGCAGCAGCAGCACCAUCCGAGGAAGAGGCAGCAGCAGCAGCACCUUCAGAGGAAGAGGCAGCAGCAGCAGCACCAUCUGAGGAGGAGGCAGCAGCAGCAGCAACUGAGGAAGAGCCAGCAGCAGAGGCACCGGCAGAGGAGGAGGCAGCAGCAGCAGCCGACGAGGAGGCAGCAGCAGCAGAGCAGCAGCAGCAGCAGCAGCAGCAGCAGGCCGUUGAGGAAGCCGGUGCCGAAUCCGCAGAACAGGAAGGUGCUUCUGCUGCUGCAGCAGCAGCAGCAGCAGCAGAGGAGGAGGCUGCAGCAGCAGCAGCAGCGGAGGAAGCAGCUUGA